AUGCAGCGAAAUGCCGAGCAACCAUUGGAAGGUUCACGUGCUAUCAAGAAGCGCAAGUUUGUGUCUAUAAUUCCCAAGUCGAAAUGGCCGCCGAAGUUCCUGGAGUUGGAGACCAUUCACUUCAGACUGAACUCGUACUUCACCUUUCUUAGCUCCAGGAAACACAUAGUGCCGACUUUCGAGUUGCUGAAGACCGCACCAGAGACAGAUUUGAAGAGGGAUAUUACCAUCGAGGACUUUUCACGUAUUGUGGCACUAUUACCAAGCGACGUGGUGUUCAAGUAUGUUGAUGAGAACCAGUUCAUGCUAGAAGAAAAAGAUGUGUUCAACGCUCAAAAUCAGGGUUUCAAUCAAACAGAAGUCGAUAUCUACGACAUAGAAAGCUAUGAGAAGGCUGAAUCCUCGAAACAAUUGUUGAUUUUUGAGUUCAUAGACGGAGAUGUUAAGAAGUCCAAGACAAAAACUCUCUACAGGACGGAGAUCAAAGUGCCCGUUUACAGUGCUGAAUCCAUGAAGAAACUGAUUAACAAGCGAAAUUCCAAAUUCGAAGUUUCUGUGUCCCAGUUUCUAGAGAAGUGCGCGAGUGAAGGUAAGGAAGAUGCAUUUGCAGAACUGACAGAAAUCUCCAAACAGUACAUCCCCGAAGAGGAGAAGUUUCUGGACCCGGUAGAAGAGAUGGUGAUCCAGUCGCAGAAUCCUUCCCAGAAGUCGCAGCGGAAAUGUACAAUAUCUCAGUUUAUCCAAAUGCUUAGGGAAGAAAAAGAAUUCUACAAGAACCAGAUAGUGAGAGGAGGAUUGGUGACGGUAGGAGCAACCGAAGCGAAAUACGCCGAACUGGAUUUCGAAUUGCAGCCCGAGCUAUAUCAAGCUCUCACAGAGUCGAAGGGAAUAUCCACAUUCUACUCGCACCAGUCACAGGCAUUAAAUGCUCUUGAAAAAGGAGAAAAUGUUGUUGUAUCAACUCCUACGUCCUCAGGAAAGUCGCUGAUCUAUCAGAUUCCUGUCCUCAACUCGUUACUGCUGCACCGAAAUUCAAAGGCAAUGUUUAUUUUCCCCACCAAAGCACUCGCUCAAGACCAGAAGAGAUCAUUGGUGGACUUUUUGCAACAUGUGGACCAGCUAUACGACGUCGUAGUAGAGACCUAUGAUGGUGAUACUGAUAAGGCCGCACGAGACAAAGUCAGGGAGUCCGCAAGCGUGAUCUUCACCAAUCCAGACAUGCUUCAUACUAGCAUAUUGCCUAAUCAUCGUCGUUGGACCUCGUUUUUGAAAGAGUUACGCUACGUCGUGGUGGAUGAACUCCACAUGUAUAAGAGUCUGUUUGGUUCCCAUGUGGCCCUGAUCAUGAGAAGGCUGCUCCGAAUUUGCACGUUUCUUGGAAACACCAGCAUCAGGUUUGUGUCAUGUUCUGCAACUCUUCGAGAUCCCCAGAUGCACAUGAGUAAGAUCUUUGGUCUGGCACCUGACACCAUCUGCCAUGUCUCCGAGGAUGGCUCUUCGUCGGGUGAGAAACAGAUCGUGAUGUGGAACCCUCCUUUGAUCUCUCCAAACGAUCCUACUAGUGGACACGAGAAUUUUGUGGCUGAAACAGCGAAGAUCCUGGUGCGUAUGAUGGACCAGAACAUCAGGACGAUUGUGUUCUGUGUGGUGAGAAAAGUGUGCGAGCUAUUGAUGAACGAAGUCAGACAAUUACUGACUUCGAUGAACAGACCCGAUUUGAAGACGCAGGUCAUGAGUUAUAGAGGAGGUUAUUCUCCUUCGGAUAGACGCAAGAUAGAGUUCGAGAUGUUUAGUGGGAACCUCAAGGCGAUAAUUUCAACGAACGCCCUUGAACUGGGUAUCGAUAUUGGUUCUCUCGAUGCUGUCGUCAUGUGUGGGUUUCCUCUAUCGGUAGCAAACUUCCACCAACAAAGUGGAAGAGCAGGAAGAAGAAGCAACGAAUCCAUGACUCUGGUGGUUGGUGGUCAGGACCCCGUGAGCCAACACUAUUUGAACCAUCCGGAAGAGCUGAUUAACACUGAAAUGCCAGAUCUUCCUCUGGACUUUGACAAUGUUCUCGUGCUGGAGGGACAUAUCCAAUGUGCGGCUUUCGAGCUUACAAUGUCGGAUUGGGAAUGGGAGAAGGCGUUUUUUGGAGACUAUAAGUCUCUGGAAAAAUUGUGCAAGGAAAGGCUGGAUUACCUCGAGGAAGUCAAUGGCUACACGUGCAAUAGACGGUUUCUACCAUGGCCUUCGAACCAUGUGUCCAUCAGGGCAAUAGAGCAAUCGUCUUACGCAGUGGUGGAUAUCACGAAUGGAAGAAACCAGGUGAUUGAGGAGAUCGAGGCUUCAAGAACUACGUUUACUCUGUAUGAUGGUGGUAUUUUUAUUCAUCAGGGCUAUCCUUACCUGAUCAAAGAGUUCAACCCAGAGCAGAUGUAUGCCAAAGUGGAGAGGGUCAACGUGGAUUGGACCACUUCCCAGAGGGACUUUACAGAUGUGGAUCCGGUAGAGAUUGAGAUGGUGAGGUCUUUGUAUGGAGGUUCGGACGUACCUGUUUAUUUUGGCAAAAUUGAGUCUACAAGUGUUGUUUUUGGAUUUUUCAAGGUGGACAGAAGGGGAAGAAUUCUGGAUGCAAUCGAAGUGAAUAACCCUCCCGUGGUGGUGAAAUCAAAGGGCCUUUGGAUUGACAUCCCAGCUGAAGCCUUGGAGAUAAUUCAGGAGAAAAAGCUAAGUGCUGCUGGAGGAGUCCAUGCUGCAGAACAUGCUCUCAUGAACGUGUUCCCACUAUUUGUGGUAUCCAGCUUGGGAGAAGUUCAGUCCGAGUGCAAGGCCCCGGAGAAAGAGUUUGCCAAAACAGAGUCCACCAGAAAGAGGCCCGCUAGAUUAAUUUUUUAUGAUGCUAAAGCUGGCCAAUGUGGUUCAGGUUUAUCUACCAAGGUUUUCGAGCACAUUGAUGAGGUUUUGAAGACUGCAUUGGAUACUGUUCAGAAUUGCAAGAAUGGUUGUGACUGGGGUUGUCCAGACUGUGUGGCUGCUUCAUUCUGUAAGGAGAAUAGUUUGGUUCUCUCAAAGCCAGCUGCGAUAGUCAUUUUGGCUAAAAUUCUUGGAGUCGAGUUGGACCUCGACUCGAUUCCUCUUGGCCCAGAGCCCAAUAUGCCUGAGAUAGAGAACGAGUCUAUUGUUCCUGCCAGUGGAGUCAGCAUCAAAUUUUCCGACGAUCUUCAGAUUAUUGACGUGAGACAGGCAUCGGAGCCUUUGAAAGACUCUUCACCAAAAGCUGAGGAAGCUGUUGAUGAUGAAAACCCUGUAGUGGUGAAGAAGGAACCUGCCGAAGCUGAAGAACCCGACGGGUUCGAUGACGAUGAUGAUGAUUUAUUUGCAAUGUUGUAA